UGAGCGCAUGCGUCCUGUGGCAGCCUAGAAAAAGGGGCUGCUGGCGGGCCGAGCUGAAGACAUGGAGCAGGGCUACGGAGGCUAUGGGGCAUGGAGUGCUGGACCUGCCAACACCCAAGGUGCCUACGGAACUGGUGUGGCCAGCUGGCAAGGUUAUGAAAACUACAAUUAUUAUGGCGCACAGAACACCAGUGUCAACACGGGAGCGACCUACAGCUAUGGCCCAGCCUCAUGGGAGGCCACCAAGGCCAGUGAUGGCCUGGGAGCUGGGGGCCCUGCCGUGCACAUGGCUUCUUACGGCCCAGAGCCGUGCACCGACAAUUCCGACUCCCUCAUUGCCAAGAUCAACCAGCGUUUGGACAUGAUGUCCAAGGAAGGAGGCAGGGGCGGGAGCAGCGGCGGUGGGGAGGGCAUGCAGGACCGGGAGAGCUCCUUCCGCUUCCAGUCGUUCGAGUCCUAUGAUUCCAGGUCUUGCCUCCCCGAGCACCAUCCUUAUCGCCCCAGCUAUAGCUACGAUUAUGACUUUGACCUGGGGCCUGACCGAAACGGUGGCUUUAGCAGUCAGUACAAUGACUGCCGAGACCCAGCCCGUGAGCGGGGCUCCCUUGAUGGCUUCAUGCGGGGCCGGGGCCAGGGCCAGGGCCGCUUCCAGGACCGGAGCAACCCCAGCACCUUCAUGCGCAGCGACCCUUUCAUGCCGCCCGCAGCCCCCUCGGAGCCCUUGUCUGCUCCCUGGACAGAACUGAACUAUGUGGGUGGGCGGGGCCUGGGAGGCCCCUCCCCCAGCCGGCCACCACCUUCCCUGUUCUCCCAGUCUGUGGCCCCUGACUUCGGUGUGAUGGGCAUGCAGGGGGCCGGCGGUUAUGACAACUCAGUGUCCUAUGGAUGUGGCCGGUCACAGACCCGGAUGAGGGAUCGGCCCAGGCGGAGAGGGUUUGACCGCUGUGGCCCAGACAGCAUGGGCAGAAAACGGAAGCAGUUCCAGAUCUACGAUGAGCCAGAUGCCAAACUGGCCCGGGCUGAUAGCGAAGGAGAUUUUUCUGAAAACGAUGAUGGAGCUGCUGACUUCCGGUCAGGAGAUGAAGAAUUCAGGGGUGAGGAUGAAUUCUUCGACCCCGGGAGGCAGAGAGGAGAGAAGGACGAUGAGGAUGAUGAAGUAAAGAAGAGAAGAGAAAAGCAAAGGAGGAGAGACCGGAUGCGAGACCGAGCGGCCGACAGGAUUCAGUUUGCCUGCUCUGUGUGCAAGUUUCGUAGCUUUGAAGAUGAAGAAAUCCAGAAGCAUCUACAAAGCAAAUUUCACAAAGAGACACUGAGGUUUAUCAGUACCAAACUCCCUGACAAGACGGUGGAGUUCCUCCAGGAGUACAUCGUAAACAGGAACAAGAAGAUUGAGAAGCGGCGUCAGGAGCUGAUGGACAAGGAAAGCACAAAACCCAAACCAGAUCCUUUCAAAGGGAUUGGCCAGGAGCACUUUUUCAAGAAGAUAGAGGCCGCUCACUGCCUGGCUUGUGACAUGCUGAUCCCCGCGCAGCAUCAGCUCCUCCAGCGGCACCUGCACUCGGUGGACCACAAUCACAACCGCAGGUUGGCUGCUGAACAGUUCAAGAAGACCAGUCUCCAUGUGGCUAAGAGUGUUUUGAACAACAGACACAUAGUGAAGAUGCUGGAAAAAUAUCUCAAGGGUGAAGACCCUUUCACCAGCGAAGCUGUCGACGCAGAAAUCGAAGGAGAUGACAAUUUAGGAGGUGAGCAGAAGGAGGAGACACCCGAGGAGGUGGCCGCGGAGGUGUUGGCUGAGGUCAUUACGGCAGCAGUGAGAGCGGUAGAUGGGGAAGGAGCGCCAGCUCCAGGAGGCGGCGACACGCUGGCCCAAGGGGAAGGCCCCACGGACGCGGCCCAAGGGGAAGGCCCCACGGACGCAGCCCAAGCCGCUUGCGGUCCCCACUCCGAACAGCGGGUGGGAGUGGAGGCACCGUGUGGCGUGGCCUCUGAGAAGGGCAGCGCCGAAGCGGAGGCAGGAGGUGAAGCCGCGGAGGCAGGAGGUGAAGCCGCCGAGGCCGGAGGGGACAUGCAGGCGGCCGCAGCAGAGGUGGAAGACCCCGUGAGGGUCGUAACUCCGGCCCCGGCUGUCGCAGAAGCCGAAGCGGAACAGACUGAUGCGGACCCCAAAGACGUCCCUCCCACAGAGUGACCCUCCUCCCUGUCACCAGGGACAUGUUUCAUCACGCGUUGCUCUUUUCUCCUUUUGUUUGUAAGCAGAACUAGGGUGUGUGUUUCUGGAACAUGCUGGAAACUUUGGUGAAGAGACCCAGCCAUUUGCUUCAAAAAAGUGUACCUCACGGGCUUGUGUUCUAGAGUUGUAUGGCUUUCUGCCUUGGUUCGAAGGCUGCAGAAGUUGUACAUUCCCCGUGGCUGUGAAGUCUCUCUACACUGCAGUUGGAAUAAUAAAAGAUGGGUAAUUAGA